CCUCAUUCCUCACCGCCCUAUUCCCCACUCUCCUCACAUCUUCCCGCCCAUAAUGUCAGACGCCGAUACAACCGAGUUCAGCGCCGAGAGUGCGGAUGCUAAUGUCACAUUCGCAGACCUGGGUCUCGACGACAGGCUGUUACGUGGUCUCGCAAAACUAAACUUUACGAAGCCUACACCUGUUCAAGCAAAAUCGAUCCCCUUAGCUUUGGCAGGCAAGGAUAUCCUCGCCAAGGCCAGGACUGGAAGCGGAAAGACCGCCGCCUUCAUGCUGCCUCUCAUCCACAAGAUCCUCGCCGUCAAGGAUGCACUCCCCGCCAAUUCACCUGAAGCAACUGCAACCCGAGGAUUAGUUCUUGUGCCAACAGUCGAAUUGGCCGGACAGGUCACCACCUUCACCAACAACAUUCUCCUUUUCUGUGGCAGGGCUGUCAAUGUCCUGAACAUUGCCGGAAAACAGAACGAUAAAGUCCAGCAACCUCUCUUGGCAACACUACCCGACAUCAUUGUUUCGACACCCUCCAGGAUUCUCGCGCAAUUGAAGAUGAACGCUGUCGAUUUGAAAACUCACUUCCAGACACUCGUCAUUGACGAAGCCGACCUGGUCUGCAACUACGACUACGAGGAGGAUGUCAAAGAACUGCUGACGUUCCUGCCAAAGAUCUACCAAAGUUUCCUCAUGUCCGCGACGCUGGGCGACGAUGUGGAUUCACUUAAACAACUCGUUCUCCGUUCGCCGGCGAUUCUGAAGAUGGAGGACAAGACCAUGGACUCGACUUGGGACAACCUGAAGCAACUUUACACCAUUUGCACGGAUACCGACAAAUACCUCAUCCUCUACGUAUUGCUCAAACUCAAGUUGCUUAAGGGAAAGUGCAUCAUCUUUGUGAACGACAUUGAGCGCUGCUAUAGGUUGAAGCUGUUUCUGGAACAGUUCUCGAUCCCAAGCGUGGUUUUGAACUCAGAACUGCCGUUGAAUUCCCGUGUGCAUAUCGUGGAGGAGUUCAACAAGGGAAAAUAUGACUACAUGAUUGCCACGGAUGAGGGCGGACUCAAGGGCGAGAAGGAGGAGGAAGCGACAAUCAAAGAGAUCGAGGAUGGUAAACAGGAGGAGCGGGAGAGCGACGCCGCAGACGAGGAAGAACACGAAAAUGAGAGUGAGGACGACGAACAGGAUGAUGAGGCUGAUGAUAUUCCCGAAGGCGAUAUUGAGAUGGAGUUCGAGGGCUCUGAGGGUGAAGACAUCAGCGAGGGUGAGGAUGAGUUGGAGGCCAUGAUGAAGGCUAGCGACAACGAGGACGAGGACGACGAGGCGAGCGCCAUGGCUGAGAUGAAGUCAGAAGUACCGGCCAGCGAGUCUAAGAAGAGGAAGCAACCUGAGGACGAUUCCAGAUCAGAGACGACAGCAGAAACCUCAGCAAAAUCAAAGAAGAAGACAGGACCUAAGAAAGAUCAGGAGUACGGUGUCUCUCGUGGUAUUGACUUUGUCAACGUCGCCGCUGUCGUCAAUUUUGAUUUCCCGCCUACAGCAAAAUCAUACACCCAUCGUGUAGGCCGUACCGCUCGCGGUGGACAGAUGGGAACCAGCUUGAGUUUUGUGGUCACGGCAGCAGAAAAGGAAAGGUCGAUCAAGACCAGCCAGAUCCUCGGAGGUGGUGGUUGGACGGUGCAGGGCGAUGAUGAGGCGGUCUUCAACCGCGUUGUCAAGCAGCAAGUUGCUGCUGGAUGCACGAUUAAUCCCUAUACCAUUCCAAUGCAACAGUUGGCAGGAUUCAGAUAUCGUAUGGACGAUGCCAUGCGUGCUGUCACAAAGAGUGCUAUCCGUGAGGCCCGUCUCAAGGAACUGAAGGCCGAGAUGUUGAACUCUGAGAAGCUGCGUGCCCAUUUCGAAGAUAAGCCCAAGGAUCUAGAGUUCUUGCGCCAUGACAAGACGUUGCAUCCCACUAAAGUUCAGCCGCACAUGAAACAUGUCCCCGACUACAUGAUGCCCAAAGUGCAGGCUGUUUCGUCGCAAAAAGUUGGAGAGGCGGCUGAGGGACUGGGAUAUGUAACGUACAAGAAGAAGACACAGAACACCGUCAGAAAGGCACGUCAGGGCAAGGGAGGGAACAAGAGCAGCGGAGGAAAGAAGAAUGAUCCGCUUAAAAAGUUCAGCUUUGGAGGCGGUGGAAACAAGGGCAAAGGAGGAAAGAGACAAAAGACUGCAUAGAAACAUCAUCCGCAUUUUAUCACACCAGCAUCUCAUAAUUAAAACAAAAC